AUGCCAGAUUUCAAGCUCUCAGGAAGUAAACAUUUUACGAGACCUUUACCAAUUCUCGAGACAGGAUCAAUAUCAACCCCGCAAUCAAAUGAACAGCAACUACCACGACCAAAUAUAGCGCUUUCGAAGGAUAGAAAACGUAGAUUAUUCCCACUUGUGAAAUAUCAUCAUCAAGCCGGUAAUCACGAUAGUAAUGCACCAGUAGAGUUCACCGCACGAGCUCGAGAUGAAAUUAAAAGAACUUUAUUUCUAAAGGAUAAUGAAUCCCAUAAUAAUUCAAGGAAAACCAGUAAUUCACUGGAUAAUAAAUCAUUAUAUUCUUCAGAUUCAAGUUUAUUUUCUUUACCUCAAUCUCAAAUGACCGAUGGUUCGAGUAUAUUAACACAAGUGAAACCUGUUAAUACACCAUAUGUACCUCAAACACCAUUGAUUCCAUUAGUCACUGAGAUUUCUUUAGAACAUGCAUUACCAUCAGAUUUUUCAGAUAUGUAUACGCGAUCAACAUUAUUAACCAAUCGAUUGUUACCAAAUGGAAGACCUGAGUUUACCAUUCGUGAAUUAAUUGAUUGGCCAUUAAAUGAUACAAGGUCGUUAUUGAUAAUCAAUGAAUUGAGGCCUGAAUGGGGUAAUAAGUUACCUAGAAUCAUUGGAAUAAAUCCUAGUGGUCCAAAAUAUAGGUAUCAAUUGUUACCAUUAUAUUGUUCGGAUGAAUUUAUCAUUGAAACCCUUGUUGGAUCGGAUAUUUAUUUAGAGGCGAAUUUAGAUCAUGAAUUUAAAUUAAGGAGUGCUACAUAUAUUGUUAAGACCGCAAGGGAGAGACAUCAAUUGAUGGCAGGUGGUGCAAAGGAAAGAUUUAUGACUUUACAAAGAUUUGAAUGGAGAAAUAUCAUUGAAAAUUACCUUUUGAAUCUUGCUGUUGAGGCUCAGUGUCGUUAUGAUUUUAAGUAUAAUUGUAACGAAUUUAAAAAAUGGAAAAUGCAACAACAAGGUAUAUCUAUUCAAGAUACACAACAUAAAGUAUAUCUUUCUCAUAAGGAAAAGGAUAUGAUAUGGCAACAAUGUCAGUCCUUCGUUUAUAGACGCCUAAACCUUGAUUGGAAGCCGGAUGCACUUAACAAUAUAUAA